UUAACUGAUGAUAUUUUUUCUUUAGAAAAACCUUUAAAGUAUAAAAAUAAUGUUUAAGUAGUUAUGAAAUAUAAAUAAAGAAUGGGUCAAUAUCAAAUGAACUAUAUUUCUUCAAGAAAUAUUUAAUCAACAGAUAAAAUGCCACCUAAAAUUUGUAAAGAUUGUUAUACUAAACUUGGUUUCUUCAAAAAAAAGUUUAAAUGUCGUCAGUGCAAGGGCGACUAUUGUGAACCUUGUUUUAGCAAAGUAAAAGAUCAUAAAUUAGAGUUGUGUGACAAGUUAAUAAAUAAUGAUAACAUUAAUUGUUGUUUAAAAUGCGUAGUUUUUUCUAAAAAAAACUUUCAGAGAGGAAAUUUGUUUUUGUUGGAGACAAAACAAUUGUCAGAAUUUUUGAAUGAGCGCCACAUAUCUACUACUCAUUGCAGAGAAAAAUACGAUUUAAUUGAUCUAAUAAUGGAGUUUGCUGAAAUGCAAGGUUUUAAAAGUGUUUCAGAUAUUGAACAUGAUAUGAUACAUCGCAGAAAAGUGGAAGAAUUACGAAGAGCUGAGAUCGAUCGCCAAAUGGAAGAGAGGGGUGAAAACAGUAGAGGCCUGGAAAAUCAUUCAAUAACUUCAACUGAGACACUAUCUUUGAGAAAUAACUUUAAUUGUUCUAUUGAUGCUGCUCCUGUUAUAGUUGUUUCAUAUAAUAGCAGUACAGAAUUAGUAAACAAUUCAGAAGAUAAUUCAAAUAUAGAAAAUGGCAUAACUAAUAUUCUAGAUUCUUCGUCUACUAAUGAUCAGUCAACAAAUGAAUCAAAUGUUACACUUCAACAAGUUUGUUUUAAUCAGAGUUAUGGAAAAUGGCGUUCAAUGGAUGAUAUAAAAGAUGAGAAUGAAAUAAAUAAUUUAUCUGUUAUUGAGCUAAAGCAAGUUUUGAAGGCAAAUUUUAUAGACUACAGAGGUUGUUGUGAAAAGAAGGAACUUAUGGAUAAAGUAAUAAUGCUGUACAAAUCCCAAAAAAAAGACGCGACAAGUUGUAAUGAGAAUGACCGUGAUUUAUGUAAAAUUUGCAUGGAUCAUACUAUUGACUGUGUACUGCUUGAUUGUGGUCACCUUGUAUCAUGCACGAAAUGCGGAAAACGACUAGCUGAAUGUCCAAUUUGUCGUGCUCUUGUUGUUAGAGUUGUUCAUAUUUUUAGAGUUUAAAACUAAGUCAUUGUAAUUUUUUUCCCCUUUUUAAAUAAGAAUGAUCUUUACACAUUAUUUUUAUGAUAA